CCGCCCGGCCGCACAUGUGUUUCUGUUUUGUGUUGUAGCAUUUGUUCUGGAAGCUCGUAUUUACAUUUUAAGUGUAUCUGGUGAGUGGGCUGGAGCCCUCGUCCGGGCCGGGGAGAGAAGAAGCCUUCGACCCCGUCUUUCCGCCGCUUCCCUCCUCGUUUCUCAUCACUCCAACCAGAGCCCGCCACCAUGCCCAGGAAGAAGGGGGCGGCCUGGGAGGAGCCGAGCUCGGGCAACGGCACGGCGCGCGCGGGGCCCCGGCGGCGCGGCGGCCCCGCCGGCAGGAAGCGCGAGCGGCCCGAGCGCUGCAGCAGCAGCAGCGGCGGCGGCAGCAGCGGCGACGAGGACGGCCCGGAGCUGGACGGGGCCCCCGGCGGCGGCAAGCGCCCGGCCAGGCCGGCGACAGCGGGCAAGGCGUCCGGCGCGGCCGCGAUCAUCACGGAGCCCGAGCACACGAAGGAGCGCGUCAAACUUGAAGGGUCUAAGUGCAAAGGGCAGCUUUUGAUUUUUGGGGCAACCAACUGGGACUUGAUUGGACGGAAGGAAGUGCCUAAGCAGCAAGCUGCGUACCGCAACCUUGGUCAGAAUUUGUGGGGGCCCCAUAGGUAUGGGUGCCUCUCAGGAGUCCGGGUGCGAACCGUGGUUUCCGGUUCAUGUGCUGCCCACAGCCUCCUCAUCACCACAGAAGGGAAGCUAUGGAGCUGGGGUCGGAAUGAAAAGGGGCAGCUGGGUCAUGGUGAUACCAAGAGGGUAGAAGCCCCCAGACUCAUCGAGGCCCUCAGCCAUGAGGCAAUUGUGCUGGCAGCCUGUGGGCGCAACCACACCCUGGCCUUGACCGAUACCGGCUCUGUGUUCGCCUUCGGAGAGAAUAAGAUGGGGCAGCUGGGCCUCGGGAACCAGACAGAUGCCGUCCCAAGUCCUGCUCAGAUUAUGUACAACGGGCAGCCAAUUACCAAGAUGGCCUGCGGGGCUGAAUUCAGCAUGCUGAUGGACUGUAAAGGGAACCUCUAUUCCUUUGGGUGCCCUGAAUAUGGCCAGCUGGGUCACAAUUCAGAUGGGAAGUUCAUCGCCCGGGCACAAAGGAUAGAAUACGAUUGUGAGCUGGUGCCCCGGAGAGUGGCCAUCUUCAUUGAGAAGACCAAGGACGGCCAGAUCCUCCCUGUCCCGAACGUGGUGGUUCGGGAUGUAGCCUGUGGCGCUAACCACACACUGGUCCUGGAUUCGCAGAAGCGAGUGUUCUCCUGGGGCUUUGGUGGCUAUGGCCGGCUGGGGCAUGCCGAGCAGAAGGAUGAGAUGGUACCGCGUCUGGUGAAGCUUUUCGACUUCCCGGGGCGUGGCGCAACCCAGAUCUACGCUGGCUAUACCUGCUCCUUUGCUGUCAGUGAAGUGGGUGGCCUGUUUUUCUGGGGGGCCACCAAUACCUCCCGAGAGUCUACCAUGUACCCGAAAGCAGUACAGGACCUCUGUGGCUGGCGGAUCCGGAGCCUUGCCUGCGGGAAGAGCAGCAUCAUCGUAGCAGCUGACGAGAGUACCAUCAGCUGGGGUCCAUCGCCAACCUUUGGGGAAUUGGGAUACGGGGACCACAAGCCUAAGUCUUCUACUGCAGCUCAGGAGGUGAAGACUCUGGACGGCAUCUUCUCCGAGCAGGUGGCCAUGGGCUAUUCACACUCCUUGGUGAUAGCGCGAGAUGAGAGCGAGGCAGAGAAGGAGAAGCUGCAGAGGCUGCCUGAGUACACCCCACGCACCCUCUGAACCCUCUGAGCAGGCCGGCCCUCCCCUCGUGGCAGCUGUCCUUUCCACGUGCACUGGGACCAGAAGUCAGACAAGGAAUUUAGGAAGCAAAAGUUGACCAAGGGUGCAUUGGGUUAGCCUCCCUGAGGUUCCGUUUCCAAGCGAUUCAACGUUAACUACCUUUUUCUGUAUGCUUUCCAAAGUGUUUUCCCCUCAAUGUUUGAUUAAAACAUUUGCUCAUAGUCAGCCUGCCUUUCUACAAGACAGGCAGGAACUCUGAGCGAUUUAGGUUUUUUUUUUUUAAGUUGUAUUUCUUUUCUCCCUGCUCUUGAGUAUCCUUGUCCAGCCCUCCCAUUCCAGCCAUAAUUAGCAUUGUGAUCCGAGUGGGUGCCACGUGGGAGAGGGAUUGCCACUUUCCCAGACAGAACCGGCCCUUUCAGGAACCAGCAGCCGCUAGGCCAAUCCCUGGUGGUCGGUCUCCUCCCAGAUUCCUGCCCACCUGCUUUGAGAGACACAGUCGCUUGCUGUGGGCCCCCCCUGCCUCUGCCUCUGCUUCCUCCCCUCAUAGCUGUUGCUGGCUUGCUGACCCGUGUGGGCCUUUUGGCUGAAGCAUUUGUAGAAGCAGCCAUCUUCCCCCUGGUGGGGCUUUGGGGUCUGUGUUAGCCAUUUGUAUCUACUUUAGCUCUCAAGUCCAAAUGAAAAUGGGGACCGUGGGGAUGGGGUGGGCAGUUAGAAAUCGGUCAGCCAGCAGUCAGAUGUGUCCUCAGUCCUCCGUGGCCCACCGUUGCCGCCUGUGUGCUUUGCCUGUCUGCUCCUGCUGUCCCCUCUGCCUGGGAUGGCCACCCUGCUCUGAGACUUGGCCACUCUUGUCCUAGCCUCAAUGUUCUUUGGCCGCUUGGCGUUUGCUUGGCUCUGGUACCAAAUAGUUGGGAUUCUUGGUGAAAUCCCCUGCCCCGAGCGUGUGUCAGUGUGGAUGCUGCGACUGUCACCACACUGCCCUCACCCCCACCCCCAAGUGCCCUCUGCCGAGCCCGUCCUGGUAUUGACUUUGUGGCUGAGUUCCGAGGUGCCUUUCCCGGAUCCUCCUCACUGAGUGUGGCAGCGGCUCAGGCUGGGGGAUCCUCCUCACUGGGCCGAGUGUGGCGGCAGCUCGGGCUGGGACCUUGCUUUCCAGAGGAUCUGGGCUGGUUUGACUGCUUUAACUAGGAUUGGUUCAGUGGUGCUCGGGGAAGAGGGCUAAGGAGGGAAGUGUGAGGUGGGGUGGAUGGGAAAGUCAAAUUCUGGUCUUGAGAUUCAUGGAUUUGCUCUUGCCCUUGUGACGCUUGUUACCGUCUCUAUGUUAAAAUGCCAAAAAUGACCCGGUCUGUUGCUUUGCUCCGCCCCAGCGCUUCAUAGCAGCUUCUGGCUCUGCAAGGUGUCUGUCUCGGCCAGUGCUGUGGCCUGCCAGGAAGGGUCCGAGUUCUCACUGUCCCCCAUCAUGUGUCCAGCUACGGUCAGUCCAGAGACAUGCUUCUGUAGUGGCAGGGCUUCUGCAAAACUAACCUGCUUUGUCCAGGUCACCCUAGACACACACCCCCCCCCCCUCACUUCAUGUGUGGGCCCGGAGCCGUCCAUGCUGGUCUCUGUCUGGAGGGUGCUGUUCAGGGCCUGCUCUUUCUGUCCUGGAGGACACAAUGGCCCUGAGCUGAGCUGGGCUUAUCUUCCAGGGAGCAAACCUAAGGCAGCCCCCAGCCCCCAGCCCCCCUGGCUUGAGCCCUGCAGCGGGUGAGCAGAAGGUGUCACGGGUGGAGAGCCUUGUGCCCGGCCACACCCCCCUCCCUUUAGGCUAAAAUUCUCACCUGAGCUUCCCCACGGCAAACUCUAGAACAGGAGGAAGGUGGGAAGCCCUGGGUAGGAACCACUCUGGCUGCCCAGGGUCAUCAACAGAGGGGAAUGAAGGGAGUUAACAAGGAUGGUGGGAUCCGGUUGAAGGUGCCUGGUUUAGUGCUGUUAAUUGUCUUAUUUUUUUUUUAUAUCUAUAUUUCUUGGAGUAAACAUUUUAAAUAAACGGCAUCAUUGUUUACU